AUGACUGUGUCUCGGAUAGUAGCCGCAUCUACAGACGUGGCCAUUGUGGGUUUGUAUAAGAUAGCAUCGUUGCCGGCGAACGUGGCCGCUUUACAAACAUUGGACCCCAAACAGAAGAUCAAGAAAGGUCCAAAACCUCCAUAUGUGAUCAAGGAAGUAACAGAGGGCGAUUCUGAGCUAAUCUCCGG